GUCACACCCCCAACAAACACCACACUCUCUUUCUCCCUCUAUAAAACCGAAACCACCUACCUCCCUCUCUCCGCCCAUCAUCAGUUUCUUUCACCCCCUCUCUCUCGCCUUCUCUAAUCGCAUCUCUCUCUCUCUCUCUCUCUCUCUCUCUCUCUCUUUCGGUUGUCGGUUGCGUUCUUCUCCGUAACUCAAGUCUCGUAGAGCUCCGCAAACGGAUAAGGACUGGCCGCAAAUAGAUAAGUCAUACUAUCAUAUUGGGUAACCAUCUCAUAAUAAUUACAAAAUUUCGGAUUUCACAGCUCCAGAUCGCCCAUUCCACGACGUUUACCUUCCUUGCUCAGGUCUUUUCCUCUGGUUUCGCUGAUCCUUCUUGCCAUUUACAUUCCCAUUAAGCAAAAUCGUUAAUUUGCCGGGAAAGCUUGGAGCUUCGCCAAUUAUUUUCCGGAUAAAGGUGUAAAAUUUCUAUGAUCGUGCGUUGGGAUUGAUUUCUAUAAAUAAUGUCGGCGGCUUCGAGUUUUGUUCAUCAAACGCGAAGCAACCCGUUUGCGAAUUGCCAAUUGAACGUGGUGCCUCUGAGAGGCUCGCGUCGUGUUUCUGUUGUCAAAAAUCGGGCUACUAAUGUUUCGGAGAGCAGAUUGUACGGAACACGGCUGCGAGCGUCGGGUGGCGAGAGACUGUUACAUGUAUGGAAAUCGGAGGGUCCGGGACGGGAUCCGAAGCUGAGAGUGGUGAUGGUGCGAUCGGCAUUGUCGCUGGUGCCGGAGAAGCCUCUCGGUCUGUACGAUCCUUCGUUUGAUAAGGAUUCGUGUGGGGUUGGAUUCGUCGCUGAGUUAUCCGGAGAAAGCAGCCGGAAAACGGUGACGGAUGCGGUGGAGAUGUUGGUAAGGAUGUCCCACAGAGGUGCUUGUGGUUGCGAAACCAAUACUGGUGAUGGGGCUGGUAUUCUAGUCGCUCUUCCUCACGACUUCUACAAGGAGGUUGCCAAAGAUGUGGGCUUUGAGCUACCACCGGCAGCGGAAUAUGCCGUGGGCAUGUUCUUCUUGCCUACGUCUGAAAAGCGAAGGGAGCAAAGCAAGAUUGUAUUUGCUAAGGUUGCAGAGUCACUAGGACACACUGUCCUUGGCUGGCGCUCUGUCCCCACAAAUAACUCAGGAUUGGGAAAUUCUGCUUUGCAGACCGAACCUGUUAUUGAGCAAGUGUUUCUUACGCCCACUCCCAAGUCAAAAGCCGAUUUUGAGCAACAGUUGUACAAAUUAAGGAGAAUUUCAAUGGUAGCUAUCCGAGCUGCAUUAAACCUCCAACAUGGUGGCGUGAGGGACUUCUAUAUAUGCUCACUUUCCUCAAGGACCGUUGUAUAUAAAGGCCAGUUGAAGCCCGACCAGUUGAUGGAAUACUAUUAUGCAGAUCUUGGCAAUGAAAGGUUUAUGAGCUACAUGGCCUUGAUACACUCUCGAUUCUCAACAAACACAUUUCCUAGCUGGGACCGUGCUCAGCCCAUGCGUGUCUUAGGUCAUAAUGGUGAAAUUAACACACUUCGGGGAAAUGUGAACUGGAUGAAGGCACGCGAGGGUCUUCUGAAGUGCAAGGAGCUUGGCUUGUCAAAGGAUGAGAUGAAGAAGCUUUUACCUAUUGUAGACACCAGCUCGUCUGAUUCAGGGGCUUUUGAUGGCGUCCUUGAGCUUUUGGUUCGAGCUGGUAGAAGUAUUCCAGAAGCUAUCAUGAUGAUGAUCCCAGAAGCCUGGCAAAAUGACAAGAACAUGGAUCCUCAUCGGAAAGCCUUGUAUGAGUACUUUUCAGCACUUAUGGAACCGUGGGAUGGCCCCGCUUUGAUAUCAUUUACUGAUGGCCGCUAUCUUGGAGCUACACUGGAUCGCAAUGGACUGCGUCCUGGUCGAUUUUAUGUUACUCACAGUGGACGAGUUAUAAUGGCAAGUGAAGUAGGAGUAGUUGAUAUUCCACCUGAAGAUGUGUCCAGGAAAGGAAGACUUAACCCUGGCAUGAUGCUUCUGGUGGAUUUUGAGAACCAUGUUGUUGUAGAUGAUGAAGCACUGAAACAGCAGUAUUCACUUGCAAGACCAUAUGGAGAGUGGCUUAAAAGGCAAAAGAUAGAGUUGAAAGACAUUGUAGAAUCAGUUAGAGAAUCCGAGAUGCUUCCUCAGGCCAUUGCAGGAGUUGUUCAAGCAUCUAAUGAUGACGACAUGGAAAACAUGGGUAUUCAUGGUUUGUUGGCUCCGUUAAAGGCUUUUGGGUACACUAUUGAAUCCUUGGAGAUGCUACUACUUCCUAUGGCAAAGGAUGGAAUUGAGGCCCUUGGUUCAAUGGGGAAUGAUGCUCCCUUGGCGGUGAUGUCAGACAGAGAAAAACUCACAUUUGAGUAUUUCAAGCAGAUGUUUGCUCAAGUUACCAAUCCCCCUAUUGAUCCUAUUCGGGAGAAGAUAGUCACCUCCAUGGAGUGCAUGAUUGGUCCAGAAGGUGAUCUUACUGAGACUACUGAAGACCAAUGUCAUCGCCUCUCGCUAAAAGGUCCCCUUGUAACCACUGAACAAAUGGAAGCAAUUAAAAAGAUGAACUAUAGAGGCUGGCGUAGCAAAGUCAUUGAUAUAACGUAUUCCAAAGACCGUGGUACAAAGGGGUUGGAGGAGACCCUGACUAGGAUCUGUUCAGAAGCUCAUGAUGCAAUUAAAGAGGGUUAUAAGACGCUGGUGCUUUCUGACAGAGCCUUCUCGUCGAAACGAGUUGCUGUAAGUUCCCUUUUGGCUGUUGGUGCUGUCCAUCAACAUCUGGUUAAAAAGCUUGAACGCACUCGAAUUGGGUUACUUGUUGAAUCCGCUGAGCCCCGUGAAGUGCACCAUUUUUGUACACUGGUUGGAUUUGGUGCAGAUGCUAUAUGCCCUUAUUUGGCCAUAGAAGCAAUUUGGAGACUGCAGGUUGAUGGAAAGAUUCCACCCAAACCAACUGGUGAGUUCCACUCAAAGGAUGAGCUGGUCAAGAAGUACUUCAAGGCAAGCAACUAUGGAAUGAUGAAAGUUCUUGCCAAAAUGGGUAUAUCAACUUUGGCAUCAUACAAAGGUGCACAGAUUUUUGAGGCAGUUGGUCUUUCAUCAGAAGUGACGGAUAGGUGCUUUGCUGGAACUCCAAGCAGAGUUGAGGGAGCAACAUUUGAAGCGCUUGCCCUUGACGCUCUUCAUUUACACGAGCAGGGAUUUCCUAUGCGGGCCUUUCCUCCUGGAAGUGCUGAGGCUGUAUCGUUGCCUAAUCCUGGGGAUUACCAUUGGCGGAAAGGUGGUGAGGCUCACCUAAACGACCCCCUUGCUAUAGCCAAGUUGCAAGAGGCUGCCAGGGGUAAUAGCGUGGCGGCCUAUGAAGAAUACUCCAAGCGCAUACAAGAAUUGAAUAAAACUUGCAAUUUGAGGGGGCUUUUGAAAUUUAAAAAGGUUGAUGUGAGAGUUCCUUUAGACGAAGUGGAACCAGCAAGUGAGAUUGUGAAGCGGUUUUGUACUGGAGCCAUGAGUUACGGAUCCAUAUCCUUGGAGGCACAUACCACCCUCGCCAUUGCUAUGAACAGGAUUGGGGGAAAGUCAAAUACAGGUGAGGGAGGUGAGAAUCCAACUCGUAUGGAGCCUCUUCCAGAUGGUUCAAUGAAUCCGAAGCGGAGUGCUAUUAAGCAGGUUGCAAGCGGAAGAUUCGGGGUUUCCAGUUAUUACCUCACAAAUGCCGAUGAGCUACAGAUAAAAAUGGCACAGGGGGCCAAGCCUGGUGAAGGUGGUGAACUUCCUGGCCACAAGGUUAUUGGAGACAUUGCUGCCACUAGGAAUUCCACUCCUGGGGUGGGAUUAAUCAGCCCACCUCCCCAUCACGAUAUCUACUCGAUUGAAGACCUUGCUCAGUUGAUUCAUGAUCUUAAGAACGCCAAUCCAGGGGCUCGAAUCAGUGUGAAGUUGGUAUCCGAAGCUGGUGUGGGAGUCAUAGCUAGUGGGGUAGUGAAGGGGCAUGCAGAUCAUGUAUUGAUCUCAGGUCACGAUGGAGGCACAGGCGCAUCCCGAUGGACUGGCAUCAAGAGUGCCGGACUCCCUUGGGAACUUGGUCUCGCCGAAACUCACCAAACACUAGUUGCCAAUGACCUUCGGGGCCGAACAGUCCUCCAAACAGAUGGCCAACUCAAAACUGGAAGAGAUGUGGCCAUUGCUGCACUUCUUGGUGCGGAGGAGUAUGGCUUCAGCACUGCUCCCCUCAUUACACUUGGAUGCAUCAUGAUGCGGAAGUGCCACAAAAACACUUGUCCAGUUGGCAUUGCUACACAAGAUCCAGUACUAAGAGCGAAAUUUGCCGGAGAACCUGAACAUGUUAUAAACUUCUUUUUCAUGCUAGCAGAGGAGGUGAGACAAAUCAUGUCUCAGCUUGGAUUUCGAACAAUCAAUGAAAUGAUUGGUCGUUCCGAUAUGCUUGAAGUGGAUAGAGAAGUGACAAAAAACAAUGAGAAGCUUAAGAAUAUUGAUCUCUCUCUAUUACUUAGGCCGGCUGCUGACAUCCGCCCAGAGGCCGCCCAGUACUGUGUACAGAAACAAGAUCAUGGUUUAGAAAUGGCUUUGGAUCAAAAACUCAUAACUCUGUCCAAAACUGCAAUAGAAAGAGGUCUUCCUGUAUACAUUGAAACUGAAAUUUGCAAUGUGAAUCGUGCUGUUGGAACCAUGCUUAGCCAUGAAGUGACGAAGCGCUAUCACUUAGCGGGGCUUCCGGGUGAUACCAUACAUAUCAAACUCCAUGGAAGUGCAGGCCAAAGCCUUGGAGCUUUUCUUUGCCCUGGAAUCACACUUGAGCUUGAAGGUGAUAGCAACGACUAUGUUGGGAAAGGGCUAUCAGGUGGCAAAAUUGUCGUCUAUCCUCCAAAAGGAAGUGGAUUUGAUCCCAAGGAUAACAUUGUGAUUGGUAAUGUUGCUCUCUAUGGGGCAACAAAUGGGGAAGCAUAUUUUAACGGUAUGGCGGCAGAAAGGUUCUGUGUCCGCAAUUCUGGGGCUAGAGCAGUUGUAGAAGGUGUCGGUGAUCAUGGAUGUGAGUACAUGACCGGUGGAACUGUUGUUGUGCUUGGGAAAACUGGGAGGAAUUUUGCUGCGGGCAUGAGUGGGGGAAUCGCCUAUGUUCUUGAUGUUGAUGCCAAGUUUGAAACGCGAUGCAACCUUGAGUUGGUAGAUCUUGAUAGAAUCGAAGAAGAAGAAGAAGAUGUUAUGACACUCAAAAUGAUGAUACAGCAACAUCAGCGUCACACAAACAGCCAACUAGCCAGAGAAGUUCUUUCUGAUUUUGAUGGCCUUUUACCCAAAUUUGUUAAGGUCAUUCCUAGAGAUUAUAAGCGGGUUCUUUCAAGCAUGAAAGUAGAGGAAAGUGGUAGAGAGGGUGCAGAAAGGAUUAGUAAAGAAGUUGAUGAGCAUGAAGAGGUGGAGAUAUUGGAGAAAGAUGCAUUUGAAGAGCUUAAGAAGUUAGCUGCUGUCUCCACAAAUGGCAAAGUCAUGCAGAAAGUUGCAGAGGCUGAUCAAUUAAAGAGGCCAACACGAGUUCCUAAUGCUAUAAAAAAUGGGGGAUUCAUUGCAUAUGAACGCGAGGGCAUCUCGUACAGGGAUCCUAAUGUUAGAAUGAAUGACUGGAAAGAGGUCAUGGAAGAAGCCAAGCCCGGCCCACUUCUAAAGACGCAAUCCGCUCGCUGUAUGGAUUGCGGUACUCCCUUCUGCCAUCAGGAGAAUUCGGGAUGUCCUCUUGGGAAUAAAAUACCUGAGUUCAAUGAGUUAGUGUAUCAAAACAGGUGGCGUGAAGCAUUAGAUCGCCUGCUGGAGACCAAUAACUUCCCAGAGUUUACCGGUCGGGUGUGCCCUGCUCCUUGUGAGGGUUCUUGCGUCCUUGGUAUUAUUGAGAACCCAGUAUCUAUCAAAAGCAUUGAAUGCUCUAUCAUUGAUAAGGCUUUUGAGGAAGGAUGGAUGGUUCCACGACCUCCCCUCAGAAGAACUGGGAAAAAAGUUGCUAUUGUUGGGAGUGGGCCCGCUGGUAUGGCAGCUGCUGAUCAGUUGAAUAGAAUGGGUCACACCGUAACGGUGUUUGAGCGUGCCGAUAGAAUUGGGGGCCUUAUGAUGUAUGGAGUUCCUAACAUGAAGGCUGAUAAAGUUGAUAUAGUUCAAAGAAGGGUUGACCUUAUGGCAAAGGAGGGCGUUAAUUUUUUGGUGAAUGCUAAUGUUGGAAAAGAUCCUUCGUACUCACUGGAUCAGCUUCGCAAGGACAAUGAUGCAAUUGUUCUAGCUGUAGGAUCCACAAAACCAAGGGACCUACCUGUACCCGGACGGGAGCUAUGUGGGGUCCAUUUUGCGAUGGAUUUUCUUCAUGCAAAUACCAAAAGUUUGCUUGAUAGCAACCUAGAGGAUGGUAAGUACAUCUCAGCUAAGGGAAAGAAGGUAGUGGUAAUUGGUGGAGGAGACACCGGAACAGAUUGCAUAGGAACAUCCAUCCGGCACGGCUGUAGCAACAUGGUAAAUCUAGAGCUCCUUCCUGAGCCUCCUCGAACCAGGGCUCCAGGCAACCCUUGGCCACAGUGGCCUCGCAUAUUCCGCGUAGACUAUGGGCAUCAAGAAGCCACGACCAAGUUUGGGAAAGACCCUAGGUCGUACGAGGUAUUAACUAAGCGGUUUGUGGGAGAUGAGAAUGGGGUUGUGAAAGGACUUGAGGUGGUACGUGUCAAGUGGGAGAAGGAUGCUGACGGGAGGUUUCAAUUUAAGGAACUCGAAGGCACUGAAGAGAUGAUCGAGGCGGACCUAGUACUACUAGCUAUGGGAUUCCUUGGUCCCGAAUCGAUAAUAUCGGAAAAACUGGGCUUGGAGCAAGACAAUAGAUCAAACUUCAAAGCAGAGUAUGGCCACUUCACAACCAACGUUGAAGGUGUCUUUGCUGCAGGGGAUUGCCGGCGAGGCCAGUCUCUGGUGGUUUGGGCCAUCUCAGAAGGUCGGCAAGCUGCUUCGCAGGUUGACAAUUAUCUCAUGAGAGAAGAAAAAGACCACACACUCAGGCUAGAUAGACCAGGUGACGACUCCAUCAAGAGGCAACAAGAGAGCACAAAACAGAUUGUAAGUACAUAGAGCAAUUAACUGGAUAACUUAUAGGGGGUGGCUGCACUACAAGAAAAAGGGACAAUUGCAAGUGUGAUUGUGUAUAGGUCAGUACUCAGUAGUAUUCUUUAAUCUUUUAAAUGGUUAUUUAUUUAUGUAUUAUUGUCUUGUUUAUAAUCUCUUUAUGAGUUGCUUGAAAGGUGCUCACGUGCCGGUCGAUAGGGAUACUGUACAGUUUGUUCUUUUGAUAUUUACUGGAAAUGGUAAUUAUUUUGCAGCAA